AUGUCACCUACUCCCCCAGACAUCUGCGACUGCGCAAAAUGGUGUGCCGAUCAAAGUUUAUCCGCUGUGCAGGAAAUUUUGAGAGAUGUCUUCUAUAUACUAGUCGCCAUUCUGACAUGUGUAGUUUUCAUCGGCUCUUUAACCUUUGUUGCUACCGCCAUGGCCAUGCUCGUUCUAGUAACUGGUUCUUAUUUGAUACGUUGGCUUAAGUCUAUCAAUGCGGAUCGUGCUCCGAAGCAAGACAAUCAUGGUACUGGAGGAGAACGACAAAGAUUAUUACCGGGAUCAUCUGGAUUGUUCGAGAAUCAUGGACUACCUGCAUAUUCUGCAUAA